GAAACUUGCUAAGCAGUAAAUGAUAAAAAUUGAGGCUACAGUACAAGGAUAUACACUCUAAUAUAUACAGAGGAUAAAGGAUAUACACUAAUAUACACAGAGAACAAGCUUUCGUACUCUGCUACUACAUAAGCACGAAGGAGCACUGCUGUUUACUUGACACAAAUGACCAACCAAAACCCAGUAUAUUGAAUAAAUGUUUUCAAGGUAAGUUCUUCCCUUUAUUCAGCUUUUAGCAGAUGUUUGUUUUUGUUUUAGCUUCCAACUGUUAAUCCCAGUGCAUCGGUCUCUGGAAAUGAGAGCACCUUUUCCACUGGAGCAGGAGCAGCAGGAGUGGGGCAGUUAGAAAUGGACAGUGUUCCAAAAUCUGAAGCAAAUGAUAGUAGGAUAGAAGAGCCUGCAAAAACAGAGAUAUUAUCAAUCAGUAACACUGCUGAAACAAAGACCAACAGACCACUUUGCUCAGAAACAGCCCCGUCAUCAGCCUUACACUGGCUUGCAGACUUAGCAACACAAAAAGCGAAAGAAGAAACAAAAGAAUCAGGGUCGCUGAGGUCAGUGCUUAAUAAAGAAUCCCACUCACCCUUUGGAUUGGAUUCCUUCAACUCCAGUACAAAGGUUUCCCCGCUAACCCCAAAGCUGUUUAAUAGCCUGUUGUUGGGCCCAGUGACAUCUAGCAACAAAGCUGAAGGCUCCAGCCUCAGAGAUCUCCUACACACAGGGCCAGGAAAGCUUCCUCAGGUUCCAUUAGACACAGGAAUCCCCUUUCCUCCAGUUUUUUCUGCAACUUCUACGGUAAGUACUUUUGUAAUUCCUUCAACUGUGUCUGUUCUAGAAAAGAAUUUCAUGAUCCAACAGUUUUUGUUUAAAUUUUUUUGUAGUAUCUAAUUCUCAAAUAUUGAA